UUAGUGUCACACUGCUGGUGUUGCUGCUGCUGCUGUUCCGUAAAAUAAGAUGGGUAUAGCAGAUGAGACGGACCGAACCCUCUUCAUAAGAAACUUAGACUCUCGCGUGACUGAAGAGCUUUUGUUUGAAUUGUUUUUACAGGCGGGACCUCUGAUCAAAACUAAAAUACCGAAAGACCCGGAGGGAAAGCCCAAAACAUUUGGUUUUGCUGUUUAUAGGCACGAGGUGUCCGUGCCGUAUGCUGUGCAGCUGCUGAACGGAAUCUCGUUAUUCGGGAGGAAUAUUCACGUACAGUUCAGAUCAGGCAGCAGUCAUGGCAACAGUCCAGGGAACGCGCAGCUAUCAAGUCCAGGAAAUAUUCCCAGUCCACACGGACAUAGGGCACCAGACCAUUUUAGUUCUCCACCUUCUCAACCAUCGAGGUCUUAUUCCGGCUGUGGGAGUCUGCAAAAACAUGUCAUGGUGAACAACAUGCGGCAGGCCCACAUGCAGCAGCUGGAAUACCAAAAUGGCAGCUACUCCAAGUCCAUGCAGAGCCAGCUGUCUCCUGCAGGACAUUCCGGCAGCUCGAGGCAACACAGUAACGCUCACUACCAGCAACACCUGUACCACUCAAACAGCGGCAGCAGGAACCAUCGCUUCUCGGAGGAGCCGGGCCCCAGCCGCCACCAGCAGUCCGGCCACGGCCGGGACAACUACAGCCACCAGGGGGACAGGAGCAGCAACCGUCAGCAACAGAGCCGAGGCAGUUACAGGCCACAAGACAACAGGGGCGGCAGCGGCCACAGCGAUAAUAGAUGGCGGCGGUACUGACACACGUCACGGGGGAGGGGGGGUUCUGUGCAAAGACUGAAGUUCUCCACAAAUAUCCCAGAGAAGACGAGGGAAUAUGUCACUGAACUCAGCACUCACUCGCUCAGGAUGUUUGUAUACGAUUCCACUGAGGCUCAGAACCGUAUGCCUCAGAAGAUGUAUAUUUUUGUUUGUUAAUUUUUAAGGCGCUUUUAAAUUUCUAGACCACCGUCGCGUGAGUUUGUCCUCACGGAAAUGUGGCAGAGAACUGUUGAUGAAAGCUUGAGCUCGACGAAAAAAGAACGGAAAUCAGUUUUAGGGAAGUACCUGGUGGAUAGAAAAAAAAAAAAGGUUUAUGACUUAAAUGACAGUUUUUAUUUUAUGCAUAUUGUUUUAAAUUAUUCCUGCCAGAAUUUUAAAAACGUAUCAGGUAUUUCUGAAAAAAAAAAAGAAAAA